CACAUACACACACACCCACACACACACACACACACACAGUCCAAACCCUCAGAAAAGCCCGGCUGAAUCCUCACAUCGUCUGUCAGCAUGGGGAGCGCUUGUUUUUCCCGGGACGUUUGUUUGUUUAUCCUCCUCAUAAAUACUUGCAGGGUGAUGGGGAAUGUCGGACUCGCAGAUGCAGACGAGUGCGCAGAGGAUUCAGACGACUGCCACAUCGACGCCAUUUGCCAGAACACACCCAAGUCCUACAACUGCAUCUGCAAGCCGGGCUACAAGGGAGAUGGAAAGCAGUGCGAGGACAUGGACGAGUGUGAGAACGACUACAAUGGGGGCUGUGUCCAUGAAUGCAUCAACAUACCUGGCAACUACAGGUGCACCUGCUACGAUGGCUUCAUGCUGGCCCACGAUGGACACAACUGUAUGGAUGUGGACGAGUGUCUGGACAACAACGGUGGAUGCCAGCAAGUUUGUGUCAACACCAUGGGGAGCUACGAGUGUCAAUGCACAGAGGGCUUCUUCCUGAGUGACAACCAGCAUACCUGCAUCCACCGCUCUGACGAUGGAAUGAACUGCAUGAACAAGGAGCACGGCUGCGCGCACAUCUGCAGAGAGGCUCCAGGCAAAGGCGGGGUGUCGUGUGAGUGCCGUCCUGGCUUUGAGCUGGCCAAAAACCAGAAAGACUGUACACUGACGUGUAACUAUGGAAACGGCGGGUGCCAGCACACAUGCGAUGACACGGACACAGGGCCGGUGUGUGGCUGCCAUCAGAAGUACGCCCUGCACUCAGACAGCAAGACCUGCAUCGAGAAAGAUGAGGCUGCAAUUGAGAGCUCUGAGUUCAAUGCCACGUCAGUAGCUGAUGUGGACAAGCGGGUGAAACGGCGGCUACUUAUGGAGACCUGCGCCGUGAACAACGGCGGCUGCGACAGGACAUGUAAAGACACAGCCACGGGGGUGCGCUGUAGCUGCCCCGUGGGAUUCACCCUGCAACCCGACGGCAAAACCUGCAAAGACAUUGAUGAGUGCAGCAUCAGCAACGGGAGCUGUGAGUAUAGCUGCGUGAACACCCAGGGAAGCUACGAGUGUGUGUGUCCAGCUGGACAGAAGCUCCACUGGAACAAGAAAGACUGCAUUGACAUUGAUGAGUGCUCCUUUGAGAGAACCUGCGACCACACCUGCAUCAACUACCCUGGCAGCUUUGAGUGCUUGUGCAACAAUGGAUACAUCCUGUACGGCCUCACUCACUGUGGAGACAUUGAUGAGUGCAGCAUCAGCAACGGGAGCUGUGAGUAUAGCUGCGUGAACACCCAGGGAAGCUACGAGUGUGUGUGUCCAGCUGGACAGAAGCUCCACUGGAACAAGAAAGACUGCAUUGAGGCGGUGAAGUGUCUGCCCAAUGGGAAGCCAGCACCCAGAGCCCAGCUGACCUGCACCAAGAGCGGAGGGGCAGAGGUCUGCUCGCUGUCCUGCCCCUCCCACGCCCUCUUCCUAGCAGACUCGGAGAACAGCUACACACUGAGCUGUGGAGUGCCCGUCCAGCCUAGUAAAGCUCCUCAGAAGAGAAAUACCACCACUGCCUUACCCACCUGUGCCGACACGCUGGCCCCGCCCAUCAAACAGAAGGCCAGGUUUAAGAUCAAAGAUGCCAAGUGUCACCUGAGGCCCCGCAACAAAGAGAAACACAGAGAUUCAUCCAAGCAGAGCCUGCAAGUUCCCCACCAGUUCCCCUGUACCGACGACUGCCAGGUAACUUUUGUCAACCUCAAGUGUGACUCGUCUAAGAAGCGCCGACGCGGACGCAAAUCUCCUGCGAAAGAGGUCUCCCACAUCACAGCUGAGUUUGAGAUGGAGAUGAAGGAAGAGGAUGCCUCAGACUCGUGUAAUGUGGACUGUGUGCGGGAGAGGAUGAAGCAUAAGUUGCAGAGCGCCAUGCGGACUCUCAGGAAGUCCAUCAACAAACAGCAGUUCUACAUCCAGUUUUCUGGGACGGAGUAUGAGGUGGCCCAGAAACCGUCCAAGGUACCUGAGGGUGCCGAGGCCUGCAGCACAGGGCAAAUCCUCCGAGAUGGAAAGUGUGUGAGCUGUGAUGUUGGGACGUUCUACAGCGGUGAGCAGCAGCAGUGUGUCCAGUGCCCUCCUGGUACGUACCAGGACACGGUGGGUCAGCUAUCCUGUGAGCCCUGUCCCAGCACUGAAGUACAGGGCGUUGCUGGUGCUAAGAACGUGUCUCAGUGUGGAGGUCAGUGUCCAGCAGGUCAUUUCUCUCCUGACGGGUUCCGUCCAUGCCAGCCCUGUACACUGGGCUCCUACCAGCCAGAACCAGGCCGGGUCCUCUGCUUCCCCUGUGGAGGAGGUCUCAUGACUAAGUAUGAAGGAUCAGUCUCCUUCAGGGACUGUGAGGCCAAAGUGCACUGUGCUCCUGGACAUUACUACAACUCCAGUACCCACCGCUGUAUCCGCUGCCCAGCAGGAACCUACCAGUCCGAGUUUGGGCAGAACUACUGCAUCACCUGCCCGGGGAACACCACCACUGACUUUGAUGGUGCCACCAACGUCUCCCAUUGCAAAAACCAGCUUUGUGGAGGUGAGCUAGGAGAAUACACAGGCUACAUUGAGUCUCCUAACUACCCUGGAGAUUACCCAUCCAAUGUGGACUGUGUCUGGACCAUCAACCCACCACACAAGAGGCGGAUUCUCAUCGUGGUACCAGAGAUCUUCCUUCCCAUUGAGGAUGAGUGUGGAGAUGUACUGGUCAUGAGGAAGAGUGCCCUUCCCACCUCCAUCACCACCUAUGAGACAUGUCAGACCUAUGAGCGACCUAUCGCCUUCACCUCUCGCUCUCGCAAGCUCUGGAUUCAGUUUAAGACCAACGAGGGUAACAGUGGCAAAGGCUUCCAAGUUCCAUAUGUCACCUAUGAUGAGGACUACCAGCAGCUGAUAGAGGACAUAGUGCGAGAUGGCAGGCUCUACGCUUCUGAGAACCACCAGGAGAUACUGAAGGACAAGAAGCUGAUAAAGGCCCUGUUUGAUGUGCUGGCCCAUCCCCAGAACUACUUCAGGUACACAGCACAGGAAUCCAAAGAGAUGUUUCCUCGCUCCUUCAUCAAGCUGCUGCGCUCCAAAGUCACCAGGUUCCUACGGCCAUACAAAUAGACGAGGCCUCUCCACUGUCUUGCUAAAGACCCCCCACUUCUCCCCUUGAUGUACCCGUUCUAUGAUUAAACAUCUUCACUUCCUGUAUUUAUCAAAUAAUGCCUUUCCCCAUCUUUGGCCCCUUUAAUUAGUAGUACAUCACUAACAGACAUCCUUCCCUUCAGUUAGUGCAGCCUUUUGUAUAAGGUUUGACCGAUAUGGAUUUUUGAAGGCCUGCAUUGAUAUUUUUAUAAUGUAGCAGAAGAUACAUUUUGUGUGUGUGUGUGUGUGUGUAUAUAUAUUGCUUUUUAAAUUUGACCAUUUUAUACCAAACAUGUACAAGUAUCGAGUGUCUUUUUCUCAGUUUGGUAACAUAAAGAUUUAGGCAGGGUGGCUCACACCACCUGUAGGCUACAUCAGUGAAAGUGCAAUAUCUGCCAAUAUUGGUGAUGCAUGUUCUAAUGGAAAAUUGAAUACAAAAUUGUUCCCCAACAAAAUCCCCCUAUAAAUAUAGGACGACAGAGACAUGCUCGGACACAGUAUAGCUGACCUUUACGUCCUUUGUCUAAGGUUAAUUACAGUAACAAGCUGUUAUUAAUAGUUGUCACUGAGAAGAACAACAAGAAUAUACACAGCUAACUGUUAAUUAAAACUGCAUAUCAAAUGUUUUAUUAGCUGUUAUAAUUGACUAACAAAUUGGUUGCUGAACAAUAUAUAAAAUCAGUACAUUUUACAAAUAAAAUUCAAUUUCAUUGCAUGUUUGGCUUCCCUAGCUGUAGUCAGGGGAAGAAUCUGUAUCAGAUCAGUGGUGACUGGUUGAUAUUUUGGCCUUAAUGGCUGCUAUUGGUUUUUCAUUAUUCAUUAAAGCUUUACAGACCAGAAAUGGGCUGUUAUAUUGCGUAGAUGAACAGAGGUAUGAGCCCAUGUUUAAGUGAAAUGUCCCUUUGAUUUGUGUAUAUCCUUUGUAAAGCUAACUUGGUUUGUCUUUUAGCUUAAAAUCAAAUCAAGCUACACUGGCAGUCACCAUCCAAUAACUUUUUAAAAUUUCUGUAUUAGAUAGCACCAGUAGAGAGAUGACAGAAAAUGAGGUAAAUUUCCCAAUAUUUCCAACUACUCCCAUGAAAUUGUGUAUAAGCAAUAUGUAAAGCAUGAAAAAGUUAAGAAUUCUGCAUUCCUAAAGUCUCGUUCUUAAGUAGGCUACAAAUUAUCGUAAAGUGGUACUCCCGGUAUUUAGUAAAAGGCCAAUAUCACCAAACCAAUAUAUCGGUCAAACCAUAUUUCUGCACACUAUAUACCCUGUCUUCUUCUCUCCCAACCAUUCCUAGAUUUCUGCACUUUCAUUCACAGCUUUUUUUCUGCAAACUUCCUUUCACAUUUUCCACCUCUCUCAUUUUAUUUUGCUCUGCUUUGUUUUCUGUGUUUGUUUUUAUAAUAUUUAUACUGAACAUGUCAGAACUUGCAGAAGCCCACUUCACAGAUGUUUUAGAUACAAUGUACACAAAUGUGUAAGAUGUGUAUGUUUGUGUGGGCAUGCACGGGUGUUGAUGUGCUAAGAUGUAUUGUCCCACACAGUGUACAUGGAUGUAUCCUAAAUUGGAUUUCUUCAUUGGCCCUGAUGUGCACGAGACAGAGAAGAGGUGCACUUAAAACCUAUUUUAACAUGGAAAGUGAUUUGAAAAAAAAUGUUAAAGUGGGGAAAUCUAAACCAUUCCACUUCAGUGGAUCCUUUAUCUGUUGGAGCACAGGGAAAGAUUAAAUGGGGUGAAUCAGAAAGUCUAUAUUGUAAUUUUUUUGAUGAUAAAAAAAUAUAUAUAACAAGAUGAGAUAAACUACCUGUAAGUAACAGAUUGUUACUUUAGAGAGAAAUGGAUGUGAUGUAGCUAAUAUUUGGAACUUUAAUUGCACUUGAAUUUUAUAUUUUAAACUGUAGGAAAAAAAGAUCUAAGUUACGUAUUUGUUUUUGUGUUGUUUUGAAAUGUGCCACAUGUGGCGGCAAUGAGAGAAAGACAACUGUGUCUCCUGUUAUGCUCCCACUCUGCAUCUUGCAGUUACCCAACAUCUUUCAGUUACAGUAGCGUCAAGCCCCAUUUACACACACAGCGAGCUACAGCAUCUCAAAAGCAGAGACUAUUUGGAAAACCAAUGCACACAGAGUAAAGCAUAAAGCAUUGGAUCACUAAGAGUUGCCACCACCACUACAGUGUGUCUGUGUUUUCACUGCCCAGUCCUGCUUUCUCCCUCAAACAUGUCCUAUCGCUGCCAGAGAGAAGAAGCAUCAUCAUAAAGGCUUCUUGUAUGAUGGCGUUACAUACAUGCUACUACAGUUACUACAGUAUAUGCCUGUUUCUAAAAUAUCUGCAUUCACCCAGAUGCAAUUUCUUUCCAUUAAAUAGAAAGUAUAGUGUGUAUACUAUGCUUUUCUUUUAUAACCCAAAUAAAUGUUUCUGUGUCAUUCCCAUUGGUACUAAUAUGUCUAUGAAAUCCUAUACCGCAUAUUGAAGAUGGGCUCUAUAUCUGCACAAUGCAAGUGGAGUUGAAAAACGUGUAUGAUAUGACUGGUGGUGAAUGUAGUGGCAGGGAUACAAUCGAGUGUCUGUGUGUCUGUAGAGCUUGCAGCUUCGACUGUAAGCCAUGAAAAUUACACACUAUUUGUGUGUUGUUCAUAAAGAAGCGAGUUUCCCCAGACAAAUAAUAAAAAUGCAUAUUACAGUUGUUAAAUCUCUUCUCGUUGGUAAACUCUUGUUAACAGUGUCAUUUAGGAAUAGAGAAAGUUUCUAGUCUUUGAUGAGGGAGUUAAGUGCUAAUGUAGGGUUUAUCUAAGCCCAAUGAUUAUAGAUUAAAGGCCCAUACUAGAGGUUUUGCAUGUUUUAGCCCAUUAAUUAAAAACAAUUUAUACUGGUUAAUAUUUUCUAAAUAGGAUUUCAGGUUUUCUUCUUUCCAGGCAGCAAUUGGUUUCAGUUCAUUUCAGUACACUGUAAAAAUCAGUCUCUGGAGAUAAGCACAAUUUCAGCUUUUGUUAUGUGCACACGACUGCUAUGUUUAAGUUCAUACUCACAAGAUACCCUUUGGAAAGCUAAAAUCCUUGUGAUUCGACUAAUGCAAUCCAAGAUACAAUUAAUACAGUGGGUAAAAUCAGCACCUCUGUCAGAUCACCCACCUACAAUCAAAAUUGAUGGGACUCACCUAUGAAGCCUCACAGUAAUCCACCGAUUGAUUAUAUACGACCAAAAACGGUGUUGUUAUGUUGUCAAAGGUCCAGACGAGCCAAUCCAGUAAAAACAUUAGCAAAACACAUUAUUCCAUUAAUAAAUUUCCAUGGACUGCUUCUAAAUCAUUUCAUAUUUGCCGGCGGACAUGGCUUAUAUUUCAUGAUAACUGUAAUAACAACAUUAAAAAAUGGCUGAGGAACUCUGACCUUUUGAUUGACACCUAAUACCACCCAAUAGGAGCUGACAUGUCCUGUCCACGGCCUACAAUAGCCAACGAGAGCCCACGCUAUAAGGAAGUACCAGCCCUUAUUAUUUUGUGGGUAGGCGGAGCCAAUUGCAACCAAUUUUGCAGAAUAAAAUUCAACUUCAAUUAAAUAGUUCAUGAUCUACCAGCAAAAAGAAACAUCUUCGUGAAGCUACCGGCUAGUAGUGAUUUUUUUUUUUAAGAAAAACAGUGUCAGCUAUAGUUGUCUGCAUGCAUGUGUUAGCUAAUAUGUUAAAGUGGAAACAAAAACUUAUUCCUUUUAGUGUGUUCUAACUUUAAAUAAUUCCAGUACUGAAUAUUGGGUUAGACACUAGCGAUUGUUACCUUUCAGCAAUGCCCAAAACCAUGCGUUUACUUAACAUGGUUCAAGAACCGCAUUCAGUUUACUUUGGGUAUGACUUGGAUUGGCGUUUUAGGCAAAUUUUACAGGAAUAGUAAUAGAUUUACCUGCCACACUUGGUUAAAGUGGUGACCAUAUUUGUUCCAGUGCAGAUGUUCUUUACACCGGCUUCCUGUCAGAGAACUGAUUUUAAAAUACUGCUGUUGGUUGAAAUCACUGAAUGGUUUAGGGCUUCGUUAUGAACCAUCCAGGUCCAUCUAUGAACCAUCCAUCCUCUCGUCGUCUGGGACAGGUCUGCGUUCUGUCCCCAGAAUCAAAACUAAACAUGAAGAGGCAGCAUUCAGUUUUUAUGCUCCGUACAUCUGGAACAAACUGCAGGUCUGCUGAAAGGCUCAGUUCUUUUAAAUCAAGGCUGGAGACUUUUAUAUUUUCCUGCUGCCUUUUAUUAAUUAAAACACUACACUCUACACUAACUUUUAAUCUCCUAUUUUAUCUUGUUUUAUUUUAUUAUAACUUUUAUAACUUUUUUACUGUAUUUAAAUGUCUUUCUGUAUUGCCCUAUGCUGCUUUAUGUUUUAUGUAAAGCACUUUGAAUUGCCUUGUUGUCAAAAUGUGCUGUACAAUUAAACGUGGAGUCAAUUUACCAGUUACUAUCAAACUGGUUAGCACUCCUACUUAUUUCAGAAAUUCACCGCAUCGCCACUUGAUGAAACCACAAAAACUUUAGAUAAACUAAGGUCUUUAGAUUUCACUUCCCAUAUUUGAAGUUGAUCAGAUUAAUUAUCUACUAGGAGUUUGUUAAAGUACUGUGGCAAAGUAAAUUUCAUAUUCAAUUCAAAAUGGCUGACUUCCAAUUGAGUUUAGGGGAUGACUCAAAUUUCAUACAUCUAGGUAAAACAUACAGUGGGGGCUUUGUUUUGUAAAAAAAAACUAAUUAAGGGGCGUAAUCAAGCCAUUUUUCACACCCUGUGUUCCAAGUUUUGUGAGUCUGUGAGCAAUUCUAACCGUUUGAAGGCUAAAAAGUUUUUAGCAACUUUAUCCCAAACAUGGCAUUAAUUUUUUUAGAGCUCCCCAAAAUGCCCAAAACUCAGAACUUUGUUUGAGAUGUGUGCAAAUUUUGAUGAGUUUUCAGGCAUCCUAAGGCCCUCAAAUUCUACUGGCGGUAAAAUGAUAAUCUUACCAAAAGUAAUAGGUUUCUGGCACUUUCAUUGCCAGCAGCCAUUGGCCUUGGUACUUUCGUGCUCAGACCCUAAUAACUUAAAGUGUUUUCCUGUCCAUGACGUCCACAUUUAGUUGUUUUUUGUCUUCUGAAAAUGUUGUAAAAGUGACUAAAUGUUCCUAGUGAUUGAUUUUUUCUAGUCUGUCAAUAUGGCUAGAAGGUCAAAAAAUAGUCUGUCAUGUAGUUGUAAUGGGCUGAAGCAAGCAAAACCACAAGUAUGUUCCUGCAUAUCACUAAACGUAUUUUUAUUCCAAAAUACGAUAUUAAGUAGUUGAGAGAACUAAUACCUAAAUGGGAAAUCAUUUUAAAAACAUAUUUUUAUUGGUUGAUAAUCAAACAUGACCCCAAAUGUGAGUGAGGUCAGACAGUUUCCCAGAAUAAAAGCUGUCGUUAGGUUUUUUUCCAGCUCUUGCCAAAUAGCUGACACACAGACAUGCUAUGGUAUGGCCUACUUCCUAUUUGAGGUGGCCACUCUUCAAUAUGAGUGUUAUGAACAAAACAAUAUGAAAUGCUCUAAAAUGUAUAAUUGACUGUUUUUUUCUGAGAAUGUAUUUUAUCAUGAAUGUGUGUGUGAGAGAAAGAUUGUAAGAAUGACUGUGUGUGCAGUAAGUGUGAAUGUGGUCAGUGAGUUUUUGUGCUGGGCGCCUGAGAUACCGAAAGAGACUGUGUAUGAAUGUGCUUUAGUCCAAUUUGUAGAGGAAUAAUUUUAACGUUUGUGUUAGUCGGUUGUACCCAAAGAAAGAAACUGUAACGCAGUGUUGUGCCAGUUUUUGGUCCAUGAAACUCCAGUACUGAACAAAUUAAAUAAAACAGUAGCAGAAAACAGGC